UGAGGAAAGACGUGAGAAUGGAGCGCACGAAGCGGCAGGAAUAACCAAAGCGAUCGAAACAGUUCUUAAACUUUAAAAACUCAACAAACAAGCAUGGAUACGACCGCUCUCAUUACAUUAUUGCUGUGUUCCCUUAUUCUAAGAGUCGGAUCGCAGUUCACCGCCGGUGGCUGUACCUUUGAUGAUGGCCCUGCACAGUGUGACUACCAGCAAGACCCAUACGACGACUUUGACUGGACACAUGUCAGCGCGCAGGAGGUGCCGUACCUGUCGUCUGAAUUGCCCCAAGGGUCCUAUAUGAUGGUGGAUUCAUCCCAGCACGAUGCUGGUGAGAAAGCACGGAUCCAGCUGCCAGUGAUGAAAGAAAACGACACCCACUGUAUUGACUUCAACUACCUAUUGUACACCCAAGAUGGCUCCAGCCCUGGCACGCUGAACAUCCUAGUGAAAGUCAACAAAGGCCCCCUGGCCAAUCCCAUCUGGAAUGUGACCGGCUACACGGGCAAGGACUGGCUGCGUGCAGAGCUGGCCGUUAGCACCUUCUGGCCGAAUGAGUACCAGGUCAUAUUCGAAGCGGAAGUCUCUGAUGGGAAGACCGGUUUCAUUGCGAUUGAUGACAUCCAGGUGUUGAGUUAUCCAUGUGAUAAAUCACCCCACUUCCUGCGGCUGGGAGACGUGGAAGUCAACGCCGGGCAGAACGCCACCUUCCAGUGCAUCGCCACGGGCCGGGAAGCUGUGAAUAACAAGCUGUGGCUGCAGAGGAGAAAUGGAGAGGACAUCCCUGUGGCUCAAACGAAGAACAUCAACCACAGGAGGUUUGCUGCCACAUUCAAACUGAAGGAAGUAACCAACCUUGACCAGGACCUCUAUCGAUGUGUGACCCAAUCUGAGAGAGGAUCUGGGGUGUCAAACUUCGCUGGGCUGAUUGUCAGAGAACCGCCACGUCCCAUUGCUCCUCCACAGCUGCUGGGCGUCGGUCCCACGUACCUCCUGAUCCAGCUCAACGCAAACUCCAUCUUUGGAGAUGGGCCCAUAAUCCUGAAAGAGGUGGAGUACCGCAUGACCUCUGGCACCUGGACCGAGACCCACGCCGUCAACUCCCCCAACUACAAGCUGUGGCACCUGGACCCGGACACCGAGUACGAGAUCCGAGUCCUGCUCACCAGGCCCGGUGAGGGCGGCACAGGCCAGCCUGGGCCUCCGCUCUUUACCAGGACCAAGUGUGCUGAGCCGAUGCGGACCCCGAAGAGCCUGAAGAUUGCAGAGACUCAGGCCCGGUUCAUUGCUGUGGACUGGGAGUCCCUGGGCUAUAAUAUCACUCGCUGCCACACCUUCAAUGUCACCAUCUGCUACCACUACCAUGGCGCCAACAACCAAACCAAGGCAGACUGCCUGGACAUGGACCCCAAAGCACCGCGUCACGUGGUGGGGAACCUGCCGCCCAACACCAACGUCAGCCUGAAGAUGAUCCUCACCAACCCAGAGGGACGGAAGGAGAGUGACGAGACCAUAAUCCAGACAGAUGAAGAUGUGCCUGGCCCAGUUCCCAGCCAGUCCAUGAAAGCUGCGCCCAAUGAGGAUCGGAUCUACCUGUAUUGGAAGGAACCGCAGGAGCCCAAUGGGAUCAUCACUCAGUAUGAGAUCAGCUACAGCAGCGUGCGGUCGUUCGACCCCUCUGUGCCUCUGCUCCGACACCCUCUGACCGUGUCCCUGCCCUGGAACGCCUCUCACCACGUCUUUUCCCAGCUGCACCCCGGCACCACCUACCAGUUCAGCAUCCGCGCCAGCACCGUUAAGGGCUUCGGCCCGCCCACCACCCUCAAUGUCACCACCAACAUCUCCGCCCCCGCGCUGGAGGAAUACGAUGGCUCGGAGGCGUUUCUGAACGAGACAGCCACCACAAUUACAGUUCUGCUCAAACCCGCGCAGGCUAAAGGUGCCCCAAUCAGUGCCUACCAUAUAGUGGUGGAGGAGGUGAAUCCGCACCGCUCACGCAGAGAGGCCAGCACUGGGGACUGCUAUCAGGUCCCUGUCUCUUUCCAGAGCGCCUCUAGUGGUGGUUCUCCAUAUUACUUCGCCGCGGAACUCCCACCUGGAAACCUACCGGAACCUUCCCCAUUCACGGUGGGAGACAACAAGACCUACCAGGGCUUCUGGAACCCUCCACUAGCCCCCAGGAAGAACUAUAACAUCUACUUCCAGGCUGUCAGCAGUGUGGAAAAGGAGACAAAAACACAGUGUCUGAGACUUGCAAGAAAAGGGGCGACGGAGGAACCAGAGGUAAUCCCCGACCCGGCAAAGCAGACCGACAGGGUGGUCAAAAUCGCCGGGAUCAGCGCCGGCGUGCUGGUCUUCAUUCUCCUCGUCCUCGUCGCCAUCCUGCUGGUGAAGAAAAGGAGGACCUACUAUUCCUACUCGUAUUACCUGAAACUUGCCAAGAAACGCAAAGAUGCCAUCGGGAACACGCGUCAGGAGAUGACCCACAUGGUGAAUGCCAUGGACCGGAGCUACGCCGACCAGAGCACGCUGCACGCCGAGGACCCCAUGUCUGUCACCUUCAUGGACUCACACAACUUCAGCAACAGAUUGCCCAAUGACCCUCUUGUGCCGACUGCUGUGCUAGUGCCAAUAACUGAUGAGAACCAUGUGGCAGCCGCCGAGUCGAGCCGCCUGUUGGACGUCCCGCGAUACCACUGCGAGGGGACGGAGUCACCCUAUCAGACGGGCCAGCUGCACCCCGCCAUCCGCGUGGCAGACCUGCUGCAGCAUAUCAACCUGAUGAAGACCUCAGACAGCUACGGCUUCAAGGAAGAAUACGAGAGCUUCUUUGAGGGCCAAUCAGCUUCCUGGGAUGUGGCAAAAAAGGAGCAGAACAGAACCAAGAAUCGCUAUGGAAACAUCAUCGCAUAUGAUCAUUCUAGAGUGAUCCUGCAGCCAAUGGAAGAUGACCCUUCCUCCGACUACAUCAACGCCAACUACAUUGAUAUAUGGCUGUACAGGGAUGGAUAUCAAAGGCCAAGUCAUUACAUUGCUACACAAGGCCCAGUCCAUGAAACGGUGUAUGACUUCUGGAGGAUGAUUUGGCAGGAGCAGUCAGCCUGUGUCGUCAUGGUAACCAACCUGGUUGAAGUUGGGCGGGUGAAAUGUUACAAGUACUGGCCAGAUGAUGCUGAAGUCUAUGGGGAUUUCAAAGUGACGUUUGUGGAGGUGGAACCCCUUGCAGAAUACGUCGUCAGAACUUUCACAUUAGAGAGGAGAGGGUUUAACGAGCUGCGAGAGGUGAAGCAGUUCCACUUCACGGGCUGGCCCGAUCACGGCGUGCCCUACCACGCCACAGGCCUCCUGUCCUUCAUCCGCCGGGUCAAGAUGUCCAACCCGCCCAGCGCCGGGCCCAUCGUGGUACACUGCAGUGCUGGCGCUGGCCGAACCGGCUGCUACAUAGUGAUCGACAUCAUGCUGGACAUGGCCGAGAGGGAGGGCGUGGUGGACAUCUACAACUGCGUGAAGGCCCUGCGAUCACGACGCAUCAACAUGGUACAGACUGAGGAGCAGUACAUCUUUAUCCACGAUGCCAUCCUCGAGGCCUGCCUGUGUGGAGAAACCGUAAUUCCAGCCUGCGAGUUCAAAGCCGCUUACUACGACAUGAUAAGAAUAGACUCUCAGAGCAACUCUUCACACCUAAAAGAUGAAUUCCAGACUCUGAACUCAGUCACACCACAACCCCAGCCAGAGGAUUGCAGCAUUGCCCUCCUGCCCAGGAACCACGAGAAGAACCGCUUCAUGGACAUGCUGCCGCCAGACCGUUGCCUGCCGUUCCUCAUCACCAUCGACGGAGAGAGCAGCAACUACAUCAACGCCGCCCUGCUGGACCCGUCAGAAGAAUACCAGAGCUACAGACAACCUGCUGCCUUUAUCGUCACGCAACAUCCUUUGCCCAACACGGUAAAGGACUUCUGGAGGCUGGUAUACGACUAUGGCUGCACAUCUCUGGUUAUGCUGAAUGAGAUAGACCUUGCGCAGGGCUGCCCACAGUACUGGCCUGAAGAGGGAAUGCUUCGCUACGGCCCUGUCCAAGUGGAAUGUAUGUCUUGCUCCAUGGAUUGUGAUGUUAUUAGUCGUCUCUUCAGGAUAUGCAACCUAACCAGACCUCAGGAGGGCUACCUGAUGGUUAGGCAGUUCCAGUACCUGGGCUGGGCGGCGCACAGAGAGGUUCCUGCGUCCAAGCGCUCCUUCCUCAAGCUCAUCCUGCAGGUGGACAAGUGGCAGGAGGAGUGCGAGGAGGGAGAGGGGCGGACCAUCAUACACUGCCUGAAUGGAGGAGGGCGCUGCGGGGUCUUCUGUGCCGUCAGCAUUGUUUGUGACAUGAUCAAACGGCAGAAUGUGGUGGACGUGUUCCAUGCAGUGAAGAGCCUGCGCAACAGCAAGCCCAACAUGGUGGAGAGCCCGGAACAGUACCGCUUCUGUUACGACCUCGCUUUGGAGUACAUCGAAACAACUUAACUUUGUCUGGUGGGGGUGGGGGUCAGGCGUUUGUGCACUGACUCCCUUUCCACUACGGCUCGGAGAUUGGAACUUGAAGCGUGCAGCUGGGCAGAGGCUCAAUUAUCAAGACUUGCGUUCGAUUUGAAUAUUAUUAUUUUUUUAACAUUGCUGUUCUAAGUGUCCUGGUAUGUAAACGUCUGCAUUGUACCGCUCCAUGCUCAGUGACGCAGGAUCCAGUGCUGCCCCAAGGCCACAUUUGCUUUAAUGUAAUUUUUACAUAUUUUGUUUCAGUGUGCAGCCAUUGUUAAGGGUAAAACUAACGCCAAGUUGUUGCAUGCUAAAAUGUUUUCUUUAUUAGCAUUAUUGUCAUUGAACAAUAUCUCUCUA